GACUAGAAAGGGAAAUGCUUAAAGAUCUUGUUAGUAGUGGGACUUCAGGCAUCUUAAGAGAAGACUGCUCAGCUCACAUACAUACAAGACCUAAGCAUCAAGCCAAGGCUGCAGGAUGGAGGACACCAAUCAUGGGACCAUCUGCAAAAGGAAUUUUCUUGCUGAUAGAAUCCUGAUGUGACUGCAGUGCAACAUACCCACCCACAGUACAUAGAUUGUGAUUGGCCACAGCCCACCCACAGUACAUAGAUUGUGAUUGGCCACAGCCCACCCACAGUACAUAGAUUGUGAUUGGCCACAGAUGAAAAUCAUUGCCAUCAAGAUCACCUUUAUCAGUCACUGGUUUUCUUGGCUUCUCUUCAGCAAAACGGGGAGUGUCCGCUGGGGAAAUCUCUAAGAUGAAAGCCACUUUGUCACCUUCUUCCUUCCUGCUUGGGACGCACAUGUAAUGCUUGGCACUGCUCCCCCCAUCUUGUCACCAUGAGAUGACAGCCAAGAGGAGAAAAAGCCAAAACAGAGAGGAUGACAGUGAAGAAAGAGGAAAAGUGGUUAAACCUCACAUGACAUCAUGGAAACCUGAACAAAGGCACAGAACCACAGAUUUCCCAAUUCUUGCGAAGGAAGCAAUUCAUGUUCCUUCUGGGCGAAGCUGCUGCUGGUUGGGUAUUUAUCCUUCUAAAGCUGAAGCAUCCUGAGUAAUGCAGUGCAAAUCAGAAAUUGAAAUAAAUGAAGCACGUCUUGAGCAGUGUCAUGGCAAAGGAGUCUGGCUUGUAGAAUGUCUGUCUCUGGAAAUUUGGAGAGCUGGGAGCAGGAGAUGUGAUCGUGGUUCACAACUGCAGCUGGUUUGGGUUGAGUUCUCUCAGUACCAAUACAAGGCGGAUCGAAAUCAGCAAAAUCAACACCAAAGUCACUACUACAAGAGGCAAAGCAUUAGGUGAACACAUCAAGAAGAGAACUGACAUUGUCUUGGUGGCUAAUCAUGAAGCACAUGGUUUUGUUGUUCUACUAAUUGGCUUGUCACUCUGUCCUCAGAUGUCAACAUUGGUUUAUCACAUCAUAUUCCUCCUGACACAUCUCCUUCCCUCAGAAGGAUGAGUCCAUUAGUUAUGCACCAACUAUCAGAAACUUUUGCAUUGCUGGAGUUGAAGAACAAGUUUUUCACUUGUGUCAGGUGAUGAAGACAAAGUGUUGAUUUUUUGUUCAGAGAUAGAAGAAAACAAUUCUGAGAUACAGUGAGAAGCUCAGAAGAAGUAACCCAGUAUCUAAGCAAAGAGAGGGAUGUGGCUGGGAAUUGCUGGAACAGACUGAGAAACACCUGAAUUUUAAUUAAGCACCAUUACCGAAAAUCACAACACUACUAUUUUGUAGAAAAUAGUUGAGUUACAUGUAUUUAAAAUAUAUAUAUAUGUUUAUAUAUAUAUAAAACAUUGUAUGUUAUAUAUGUAAUAUAACAUUAUAUAUAUAUAUAAUAUGACGUGAUAAACCAAAGUUGUGGCUUAUAAUGAAAAACUACUUUAUUUUGUUGCUCAAAUUGAUCCAACUCUAGCCGUUAUAUAUGUAUGUAAACAUAUAUGUAUAUAUAGUUUGUUUUAGAAAAAAAUUACAUUUACAGAAAACUUUCAAAAAAUCUUAGGGAGAGUUCCCACAUACUUCUCUUGGCUAUGACACUUUCUCAGACUUUCCUUUUUCAUGAUAACCUUUACAGUUUUGAGGAGAGCACUGGCUAUGUAUUUUGUAGAAUUUCCCUCAAUUGGGUUUUGUCUGAUUUUUUAAAUAAUUAGAUGAGGGUUAUAUGUUUUGGGGAGGAAGCCCUCAGAGGUAAAGUCCAUUCUUAACAUUGCAUCACUGACGUCAUGUCAAGGGUGCACAUCACCAUGAGUUAUCCCUGUCGAGGGUAACCUCGAUCUUCUGAUGAGCCAGUGUCUUGCAAGCUUCUCCACUGUAAAGUUACUCUUUUCCUUUAUUUCCAUACUCUACUCUUGGGAAUGAAGUUGCCAUAUACAGCCCAGCCUUGACAAGGCUGGGGAUGGUUAUGCUCCCAGCCUUUGAGGGCAGAAUUCUCGCAUAAGCUAUUUGGAAUCCUUCUGAAUGGGAAAUUUUUUAUUCUCACAAUUUACUUAUUUAAUCUUGUAUUUAUAUUAGUAUGGACAUAUGGAUAUUUACGUUGUGGGUUACAAUGAAAGACUACUUUAUUUUGUUGCUCAAAUUGUUCCAACUCUAGCCAUUGAGAUUUCUUUUAGUUAGUUCCUGUGUUGCUUCAAUACAACCUCACUUUACAUUUUUUUCUUAAUUUUUGAACACUUUCUUUCAUGCCCUGCAAGAGGCCCCAGGUUCAUUCUGUAUCUCUCCUGACCUGGUCCUAUAAUCAGGCAUUUCUCCAAGGAAUCACUUUUCAUUUUACUGGAGAAUGACAUUAGAAAGCAACCUUUGAGCACUAGGUGUGUUCAUUGUUGUCAAUAUCAUCGCUUCUUGGCCUCUCGACUGACAGAGCAUAAAAAUCUACAUGUGUAUACUAACCUGUGCACAUAUACGUAUCUAUAAAUAUCUUAGAUUUAUUUGUAUUUAUAUUAAGAUAAGCAUGAAUACAUGCUGAUGUCUCCAACUCUAAUCCAUUACUACGCAAAUCACUCUGUUCUCUUUCCCUUCAUUAUCUGUAACCGUCCAUGCCAACACUGAGAAUCCUGCAUCUCAGCAUCUUCCCUUUGCUUAUUUUUUCAAUUCCUAUACAUCUAUAUACUGUGAUCAUAAUUUAAAACCAGCACUUCAUAUGGAAGAUACGUUUAUCAACCAAGGUAUAGUGCUUAUGUACAGGGUUUUUUUGCCUAUAGACUUACAGAUUCCACUAACUUUCAACUUCCACCCCACUCAGUGAGGUGGUUUCAUGUAUUUUCAAUACAGUUACAUGUUCUUUCUCCACUUUCUCCAUUUCUUCUUGGGUUUCUCCAAAUCUUUACAUGAUUUUUAACAUUUUUAUAUGUGAACAUUAACUCUUUGUGCUGUUGAGUCCUGUAGAUUUUGACGAAUGUUACAUAUCCACCAUUACAAUAUCAUGCAGAAUAGCUUUAUGGCCAUCAACUAUUCCCUGUGCUUCCACUCUCUCCUUCUUUUUCAAACUCCUGCAACCACUGAUUUUUUUUUUUUUUUUUUUUUUUGAGACGGAGUCUUGCUCUGUCGCCCAGGCUGGAGUGCAGUGGUGCAAUCUCGGCUCACUGCAAGCUCCGCAUCCCGGGUUCAUGCCAUUCUCCUGCCUCAGCCUCCCGAGUAGCUGGGACUACAGGCGCCCGCCACUGCGCCCGGCUGAUUUUUUUUUGUAUUUUUUUAGUAGAGAUGGGUUUCACCGUGUUAGCCAGGAUGGUCUCGAUCUCCUGACCUCGUGAACCACCCACCUCGGCCUCCCAAAGUGCUGGGAUUACAGGCAUGAGCCACUGCGCCCGGCCAAUAUUUUUAACUGUUAUCAUAAUUUUGUCUUUUCCCGAAUGUCAUAUAAAUGGAAUAAUAGAUUUUGUAGCCUAUUUUAUACUGGAUUUCUUUCACUUAGCGAUAUACAUUUUAGUUUUGCCCACGUGUUUCAAGAUGUACCAUAUGUCUGAUAUCUCAUGUGUUUCUCUCCGUGGAUAAUAUUCUGUUGCAUGGUAUGGAUGUACAGCAACUUAUUUAUCCAUUCACCUAGUGUAUGGUUCCUUCUGGUUUUUAGCAAUUAUUCAUAAUCAUCUAAAAACACUCACUUUUCCAUAGACAUAAAAUUUCAAAUCAGUUGAAAUGUGCUUGUUUUUAUAUGUUAAUACCUAGGAAUUUGCUUGUUUUUAUAUGUUAAUAAUAUAUCUUGUUUUGUAAGAAACUGUCAAAUUUUCUUUGAAAUGGCUAUACUGUUUUGCAUUUCCACUAGGAAUAAACAACAGCUUCCUGUUGCUCUGCA